CAGACGGCCAGCGCAAUGCAAAGCGCGACUGGGACUUGCGAGCUGCUCCGUGCGCUUUUAUCCGCUCCGUAAAAAGCCGCGGGGAAGAUGUCGACGCCAUCUCCUGCAGGAGGGCCCGCCAGGUCCGCCGAGCAGGAGGAGCGGACCCGUCCCCACGUCCGCUCCGGAUCGGGCUUCUGCAAAUGGUUCAACGUGCGCAUGGGCUUUGGAUUUAUCUCCAUGACCAGCAGCGAGGGGACCCCCGUCGACCCCCCCUCGGAUGUUUUCGUGCACCAAAGCAAGCUGGUGAUGGAGGGCUUCCGAAGCUUAAAAGAGGGUGUGCCAGUGGAGUUCACGUACAAAAAAUCCUGCAAGGGCCUCGAGUCCCUGCGGGUGACCGGACCGGGCGGCGUACCUUGCACCGGCAGCGAGAGGAGGCCGAAAGGGAAGGUCCCGCUCCAGAAGCGCAAACCAAAGGGAGACCGUUGUUAUAAUUGUGGCGGUCUGGACCACCACGCCAAGGAGUGUAACCUGCCCCCCCAGCCAAAGAAAUGCCACUACUGCCAGAGCAUCACACACAUGGUGGCCCAAUGCCCCCACAAGACGCCGGCGCCCUCCGCAGGCUCUCAGGACCAGCACGCGUCUACCUCGGCCUCCGGCCGGGGGCCGUCGGUCUACCUCGCCCCCGCGGAGGACGAGGAGCGCUACGGUGCGUCUCCCGCGGGGGGCUCGUCAUCGUCCCCCGAAGAGCCCCAAAGUCACCGCGGUCCCCGGGCCCAAAGGUGGAGGAAACCCUAA